AUGUCAUUGAUUGGACUUGAUGGAGCUGCUGUCGCCGAUGCACAUCAGGCUGCUCAGGCGGACGCAGGAGGAUGGUUCUUACUGAAAUAUGUCAAUCGCGACACCGUGGAGUUGUUGAGCAAGGGCACAGGGGGCGUGCCGGCUGUGCGUGGAGUGAUUGAGCAAUAUGCAGAGAAAUCGCCCCUAUAUGGGUUGGUGCAGUAUCGGCGCAAGAAAGUCGUCCUCAAAUAUGUGCCAGAAGGGACAUCUCGGUUGCUGCAAGUGCGGCUCACCGUGCAGUUUCAAUCCGUCCUGGAAACCAUCACGCCUCACGACACCAUCUUCUCCUUCACUGCGGCCUCUGAGUUGACGGAAUCCGCCCUCGGCUUAUGUACGAUGCUCGUACCCUCCGCGUCAUCAUUGACCUCGUCAAGCUCUUCCCUGCGACGGCGCCGACUCAACGAGAUUAGUGAGGAUGCUGAAGAUGCCGUGUUGCCGGCAGAGGACAAAGAGAAGGAGAAGGAGAACGUGGGCCUUGCUCUUCGCUUCGCAACACCCAAGCUGGAAGAGGCGCCACCGGUGCUAUCGAUGACGAGCUCGACGUAUGGGAGACAUGAACUCGAUGAACUACCGGCAAGUGCGGUUCUUGCAAAGGCUCUUCUGGCAAAGAGGAAAGAGGAGGCUGCCGCCGCCGCCGCAAACAGCAAGGCCACGACCUCGUCUCUAUCAGACAAGAAUAUUCAUCCUCCGCGUAAAGAGAGCCUUCUCCCAUCACCCAAACCACCGGCCUCGCCGUUACCAUCUCCACUACCUUCCUCCAUCAUCGACAAGGAGCUCCCAGCGACCCCCGAACCGACGCCCCCCUCUACUAGUGAAGGAGAAGGUCCACGAGCUCCAGAUUUCGAAGCCACCAGCAACAUCCUGCUCGAGACCACGACAGCAACAGCAGACACCUCCAAUCCACCGACCCCUCGCCCUCACGCUCGUCAUCUUUCAGCCGCCGAAUCAGACAGUAUCAGCCAAUGGAGUAGCAACGUCGCGUCGUAUACGACAGUUAAGCCGAAGAAGAAAAAACUAGGACCGCGACCUCACGUUGAGACGAGUCAUCGUCCUAAGACGUCGGGAACAACAGAUAGCGGAACAGGGAUACGGCCGGUGGCGAACCUCCCAACUUCCAUCCGUGUGAACAACAAAUCCCUAGUCAGCCUUGGUCUUCGGCCAGGCUCUCAGCAGUCGAGUCGAAGCGUCCCUGGCCGUUUUGUGCCCACCAGCAGUCGGUCUGUCAAUGGUGCACCGCCUCUGCCGUCGCCCUCGUACCUUCACGCCCCCUAUAACGUUGGGGACAGUCGUUCUGCAAUCCUCCGGCCAGCUUCGGUGACUGGAGAUGUCUCUACAACUACCCCAGAAAAGCUAAGGCUGAUGAAGGCCUUGCAGUUGCGGAAAAGGAACAUGCUGCUGGCCCAAAGAGCAGCUUCGGCCGCGUCAUCAGCCCCUUCAAAUGCAUUCAUUCACAAUGCGUCGGAGUCGAAUCCGAGCGGGAACGGUCCGAGUGCUCGUCUGUCAUCGAUUCCGAGUCAGGAGCAGCUCUUGCACGGCGACGAUGAGUCAAAGCUGACCCAGUCAUCUUAUACAACGUCACCAACCAUAAUGACCAACAUUUCAGAAGAGCCUUCAACGAAGGCCUCUUCCAUCAGCGAACAGGAUGAUUGUUCCCGUACUCGCCGAUCGUUGUCAUCUGCCACAAGCUCAUCCCUCACGCCUAAAGCUUUCUCGCAAGAAGACAAAUCUGCCAUCGAGUCUAACGAGGCUCCCAGCGAUGUAAGACCGCCUGCCACUGUGGGCCAGGGCACCCCAGAUAAGGAGGACAAGCCUGACUCUAGAACCGAUAUGAAGGCAGCACUCGUUUACCUCGAAGCCGAACCGGUCAACGCAGGAGCAAGUCUCGUCUUACCUGAAUCAAGUUCGGAUGUUCAGCAACCGCCAUUCAAUCCGUCGCUGACACAGGAUGCAGAGUCACCGAGGAAAUCUAGGCGCUUGGGACCUCCACAAGCCCUAAAGCUCUUGCCAGGAGGCAGUGCGUCAACCUCAGAUCUCUCAGAAGAUGAUUCUUUGAUGGACGAAAUACAACACGCUACCGUCCAUGAAGCUAUGCCGGUCUCUGUGGCACGCUCGCCAGCGACUCCAAUAAUUUCCAAGGGAAGUUCAGAUCGUCUGCGUGAUGUUGUGGCCAGACCGCUCAACUCCAGCCAUUCCACAGGCCGACCAAAUCUUGUAACAACGCCGGAUGGAAACAGGCCCAGCAGUGGUAGCGUACGAAGCAUUUCAACGGCGCUUCCACAGUGGCCCCCAUUGCCUACCGAGUCGGUCCAACUGCCUCUUACCAAGAAGGCUACGCUUGGUACAGGCAUCUCUAAACGCAUCAAAGCCUUGGAAGUACUGAGGACAAAAGAUGUAAGCCCUCCGCGGCACCCCCAGUCAAUCCGAGAGACAAGUGCCGGGACCUCUGCCUUCUCGACGUUCAUGAAGCGCUCAUCAUUCCUUUCGAAUCAGCAGCAGCCCCUGAACGCCUCCACCGAAAAUUCACCCCCAAGGCAAUUGCCUACAGCUGGCUCGCACUAUGAGCCACUUUCAUCAACCGCAGGAAAAGAACCACGACGUCCCUCGUCGGACGUGCAUCGGCUACAGAAAGGCGAGACCAUCUCUGUCACAGCAAGGAUUGUUCGUGAUUCCAGCAAUAAACAUCCCCCACUGGCUCCCAGCUCCAGCUAUCAUGCACCUCUCAAUCUCUACCGAAGUCCUUUGAUCGUCGAACAUGAGCAGGCCGACCAGCCGUCCUUUGAUCCGGCCCUGGCUUCGAAUCAACCCAGGAUUAAAAGCCCCACGAAGUCGGAGAAGGGCCGCUUCUCCUUUUCCUCCCAUCGGUCAGGAUCUCACACCAACCUACCUCGAUCAGAGUCGAAUCAAAGCAAACUGUCCAAGUCAAGCCAGAGACGCCAUGGUCCGCGAUCAACCAGUGACUCCGCAUCAUUUUCCGAGGACAAACCGAAAUCUUCCAUGACAAGCAGACUCAUGAAGCGCAUGUCGAAUCUAGCAAAUGCGCGAAAUAGGAUUCAACCGUCGACGAAAGAAGAGGCCAAUCAGUCGCAAGUCAAUAUUCCGCAGGAACAGCCCGACCUAACGAGGGAGAGUUCGAUAGCAGAGUCAUUGAUGCAUGUUGUCGACAUUGGAGACGUCAACGUACAAUUCCCAGAGUCAUUUUUGUGGAAACGGCGGUUCAUAAGAAUCGAUGAUCAAGGGUACCUGAUCUUUUCUCCGCCAAUGACUGACGCGAAUAUGAAAAGUGUCAGUCGCAAGUACCACCUCAGCGACUUCAAGCGGCCUAGUCUACCUGAUCUCGAACGCGAAGAGAUGGCGUGGAGUGUCCUUCUUGAUCUGAAGGACGGGAGAUGUUUGCAGUGUGCGUGCGAGAGUAAACAGGCUCAGCAACAAGUACUACAGAUGCUCGUUGACGCCCACAGUGCAUAUCACCAGUUAUACGGAGCCGGAUGA